UUUAAGUGGAGACAACUUUUCUUUCAUGGAUCACUACCUUGAAGAAAGAGGACACGUCAUAGCCUGCAUUUUAACACAUACACAUGAAAAUGGCAGCCACAUUAACUCCUGAACAGGUCACAGAAUAUAAAGGAGUCUUUGAAAUGUUUGAUGAAGAAGGAAAUGGUUCAGUUAAAACAGAAGAACUAGAAAAACUAAUGAGUUUAAUGAGCAUCAACCCUACCAAAAGAGAAUUAGUUCAGAUGGCUAAGGAUGCAGACAAGGAGGGCAAAGGAACAUUUAGCUGUGAUAGCUUCCUGGAACUCAUGGCAUUAUAUCAUGAGAGAGCAAAAAACCAAGAUGCAGAACUUCGUGCAGCAUUCAAAGUGUUCGACAAGGAAAGCAAAGGCUAUAUUGACUGGGACACUCUCAAGUAUGUACUCAUGAAUGCUGGUGAACCUCUUAACGAAGAAGAAGCAGAACAGAUGAUGAAAGAAGCUGAUAAGGAUGGAGAUGGUACAAUUGAUUAUGAAGAAUUUGUGGCCAUGAUGACUGGUGACUCUUUUAAAAUGACAUAACAGAACAAUCAGCUCCAGUUUCCAGUGGUGGGGACUUCUGCUGCACUAUGGCAUGAACUGACGCUUCUUUAAAUUUGAAAAAAUUCAAGUUUGUAUACAUCCUUCAAAUGCCUCAAUUCUUUCACACUAAUGUAUUAAAUAUAUGUUCUAACAGAGGCACCGUAUAUGACAAUUCAUAAAAAAUAAAUUUUCACAGUUUGUAACAUG